CUACCUACACUCCCUCACGACACAUCGUCCCCACCCUCGCUCCCUCUCCGACGUCUUCCCUCUCCCCGAGACACGAUCACUCCUUGCUGCGUCCCACGCUCUUCGCCCUCGAUACCCGUUCUGGUCACUCUCAAGACCUCUCCUCCUAGAUCGGCUUCAAGAACCCGCGACCCCUUUACAACCCUUAUAUUCCCGCCUCUUGCUCGAUCUAGACCUGCCGCGUCUGUAUAUUAUCAUCCUUGGCAUCGACGACCUUUACACUAUCGGCCAGGCAUCGGGGAAGUCUUCACUUCGACGCCUUACCGACUAGACGAGAGUUGCAAUGCUAGCCACGUCUAUACACACCAAGACGGGCAGGCCCAGGCGGGGGUCCUCCCAUCCUCUUCUCGCCUGGAUCCCGCAAUCAUGGCCCCAACGCCUCUUCAUCCUCAUCACACUGACCGAAGCAUGCACAAAUGUGGCCAUUGAAGCGGUCUUGCUUUCGAGGUAUAACUCCUCGCAGGGUACCAGUCUGGGGGCGGACACGCUGAGGGCGUUGCCGGUGUUUGUGCUGUGCUUUUGCAUGGCGCAUACAUAUCAAGUCAUCUUGACCAUUGAUGCCUGCUAUAAUCGUAACAUGAUCAUGGUGGUUGGACUUGGGGUAUUCAACGCCGCCUUCUUGGUGUAUUCUCUGAUCCAAAUUGGCGAAGUCAGACAGGUGCUAGGUGACGGCGUACAAGAGGGUUCCGGACAGCAUGUACCCGUACAGAUCCUCACCGGAGCAAUCCCAGUGGUGAUCGGUGUCGCACAAUUGGCAUACAUGGUCCUGGGAUGGUCACUGUGGAAGGAGUUCGGAUGGCAGAUCUACAAGUCCAUCAUUGGAGCUGAUCGGAUGCUCAAGAAGGCUUUGAUGCAGUAUCAGGUCUACGUGGUCCUUCUGAAGUUUGACUUCUUCGUCUUCCUUGCCUUUUGUCUUCAGCUCGUUCUGAUCGUGCUUACCUCUGACAUCGUCGAAAAAGUCCUGACGAUGGUCGCAGCGCCAUUGGUGCUCUUCCUGCUCAUCUUUGCAUGGUGGUCCGUCCGCCGAGAGAAGAGGUGGGGCAUGAUCGUCUUCAUGGUUGGUCUUGUAGGAGCUGCCUUCUACUUCAGCUGGAAGCUCUGGCGCAUCUGGUCACAAAAGGACGGAUUGUACGCGGAAGUGUACAAGAGCUUGACCGUAUUCUGCGUCCUGGCGCUAGCGCUCGACGUAUCAACCAUGAUCCUCGGUGUCCGUUGUCUGACCAACUUCGGCAGAGGGCUCUGCCAGGCUAUGGACAGGGCCAAGAACGAACGCAAAGCUGCUUCCGCUGUGGGAAUGCAUCCCCCUGGCUUCGGCGGAUCUGGCAAGGACCUUCUGCCCUUGAGCAGCAACAGUACGCUUCAUCUUCCGGCUCAACCGCGGAUCAGCCUCGAUUGAGGAGCUGCUGAGCGAUUGGCAGCUCCAACACGCGCUCUUGUAUAUAUCAACGACGACUUCCCUGGGACCCAUCUUCGCCGGUUCGAAUGCGGUCACCUCAAGCACCAUACCCCUCCCUGUCCCUGUCCUUUCUAGAGUCCUCCCUCUCCUCCUCGACUCAACGCCUGUAAUUAUAGUCAUUAUGCCCCGUCAUCACGUCAAAGUCUUUCUUGACUCGCACCGUCAUUGCUUCUUUAACCCAUCAUUGUUGCCAAUGUCAAGGGCUCCACACCAUUGGAGCUGCCAAUUUUGUGGUACUUCAGGG